AUGAAUGAGCAGAUGAACAGUGAGCUCUGCUCCAGGGCUAGAAGAGAGCCAAAGCUACGCUUCGCGGCGGGACAGAGACUGCGGACAGACGCGGGACCCAAGGAGCAUCACCAUGGUAACGCCUUCCUGGGCCUGGACCAUCGCAUUCUGCUGGGUUUUCUCCCGGCACAGCCCCGGGACUCUUCAGCCCUGGACAUGGCCAUCCAGCACGCCCUGGCAGGGCUCUACCCACCUUUUGAAGCCACUGCCCCUACUGUCCUGGGUCAAGUGUUCAGGCUGCUGGACUCUGACUUCCGGGGAGAUGGGCUGAGCUUCCUCCUGGAUUUCCUCAUCCCUGCCAAGCGCCUGUGUGAGCAAGUGCGAGAAGCAGCCUGCGCCCUCUACACCCACUGCCUCUUCCUGCAUGAGGGCUGGCCGCUGUGUCUGCGGGACGAGGUCGUGGUCCACCUGGCGCCACUCAACCCGCUCCUGCUGCGUCAGGGCGACUUCUACCUUCAAGUGGAGUCCUGGGAGGAGCAGUCUGUCCACAUGACACUCAAGUGUCUCUCCUCAGACCUCCGCAAGGUGGACAAGAAGCCUAUUCCUGAGACUUCCUAUUCUCUGAUUUUCACCCCAGAAUGGCUGGAAGCCAUCAACAGUGACUUUGAGGGAAGCCCCUUACACAACUGUCUUGUGGCUUCAGAAAAUGGGAUCACGCCUGUGCCUUGGACCAGGAUAACCAGCCCAGAGUUUAUAGAUGACAGACCCCCAGUAGUGAACAUCCCUUCCUCAGAUGGGGACACUUGUCCUCUAGAGGUGCUCCAUCUGAGCAGUCCCCAGGAGCCAAGCCAGGCCAGCUCCUUGGGCAGCGUGGGGUCUGUGGCCCAGAGUUGGGCUAAGGAUAAAGGGAAAUUGUCUAGAGACAAAUAUCCUGGGCUCAUCAAGGUUGAGCCAGCAAGGCCAGGGCAGAUGGCCUUCAGGAUGGACAGUGAGACCAACCAGGGCCUGGAGGGGGACUAUGUGGCUCUCCUGGGCUUUCUCCAAGAGUGUAGAAGGGGGUCUCCAGACAGGGAGGUAGUUACACUCGGUGCGGACACUCAAGGAUCACAGGAGGAGACAUCUGGAACUAAGGGAGCACCUCUGCUUGGAAGGAUCCUACCUCUCCCAGGGCCAGAUGAGGGACAUCCCGUAGGAAGACCGGCCUGUGUGAAGCCAACAGACUCUGGAGAGAAGCCCUGCAGUGGGGGCUCAAGAAGAAAGGCCAGGCACAAAGCAUCUGACCACAUUGCAGAGAGACAGCCCCAGCAGCCCCACGUUGGUGUCCUGGAGAAGCCGCUGGACUGUACCUCUGGCCUGGUGGAAGACACUGAAGAGGAGCCAGCAGCCUCUAAGAUGCAAACGCCUUUGGGAAUGCCAGCAGCCAUGGUCCAGCUCAGGCCUGGGCCAAGACAAACACCCUCUCCUCUCUUGUCCUCAGCUGCCCCUGUAGCCCUAGCCUCCGAGACAAAGACAGAGGAGACCACACCAGGAUAUGGCAGACCUUCCAAGCCUGAGGCCUUUCUCAGUAGGAACAUCUCCACCUGUGGGUCCCCGGCUCCUGGGCUCCAGUUCUCCUUCUUGAAAGGACAGAGGGCGCCCCUGAUGUCCCCCGAGAAGGCCCUACUCCAGCAUGUUGAGAAGGCCCUGAGCCCCCUCAACUCUCUGCAGCCUUGCGGAGCCAAGGCCCCAGGGAAAGAUGGGACAGCUCUCCCCAGAACAUCUGGCUCAGCCCCACCGUCUGGGGAGCCGCCUGGCUUCCGGGAAGAUUCUGCAGGUCCCCCAGGAGGAAGACUUAGCCUGGAGGAGUGUUCCAGGCCUGAGCUCAGGAUUGGGACUCUGGGAAUCAAGCUUCUCCACUCCAGGAUAGCCUGCCUGCCAGGUGGUAGAGACCGGCUGGGGCGGCCUCUGCUUCUGGUGUCGACCACGCAGGAGGCCUGGGAGGCACCCUGGUGUACUGCCUUGGAGGUCACGGAGUUGCUGUCCUACUUAUGCGGUGUUCCUAGGCUGGAGGACAAAGCCAAGGGGCUGCUGGUGGUGAUUGAUGCCAGGAAAGGGCCCCCGAGUCCUGCUCUGGUCAGCGCCCUGCAGAGCACACAGGCCCUGGCUCCAGCCUCCAUCAGCAAAGUGCUCCUCCUGGGAGAGAAGGCAUCCAUCCUUCAGCUACCUGUACUACCUGUCCAGGUGGAGGUACUGACCUCGCUGAAGGCCCUCCGAAACCACGUGGACCCUAGCCAGCUGCCCGAGGCUCUGGAGGGCCCCUUCCCCUACCACCACAGCGAGUGGGUGCAGUUCUUCCAGAAGCUGGACCCGUUUGUCACUGACCUUCGCCAGGCCUCAUCCCUGCUGCAAGCUUCCAUUCAAGAGUUUGAGAAGGGUGACCCCCCUGGUGGGGUGCAGGAGGCCACCAGGUGCCUGAGCAAGUCCAAGGAUCUGAUGGAGGCUGUGCUGAGGGACCCGGGCCUGCUGGCUCUUCAGAGGGAAGGUGGAGCUACUCUGGCCAGGCUGCAGCAGGAGGUCAGCAGGCUGAGCACCAACCCUGAAGUCAGGAGCCAUCUGACUGAAGCUGCAGCCCUGUAUAACCUCGUGGAUGACCAGCUCCACGUCCUGGUCACUGCGUCCAAUCACCUCCUCCGAAGGCUGGAGCUCCGUGUCCGACUGGGCCACCUGGAAGCUGCCAUCCACCAGGUCAAUGACUGGAUGGAGCAGGAAGGAAGCCGGUGUCUGCAGGCUCUGUCCCCUGUUGAUAUAUGUGCAGAGACAGUGGAGAAAGUCCACGCCGAGUUUGAGGAUUUCUUCCUGCAGGUUGCGGCCCAGUAUCGCCAGGGCCUGGAACUGUCCAAGCAGGCUGCGCAGUUGGGAGGAGCUGCAGAAGACACAGAGGAGACAGGGCUCCCAGACCUGGCAGCCUUCGCCUCCACCCAGCAGGCCUUCCAAGCCAGGCUGACGCAUUUCUACAUGGCGGCCGAGAGGCAGCGCACUGACCUGGAGACCCUGCUCCACCUCCACCGCUUCAGAAAGAAGGUGUGCCGGUUCCACAUGGACUGUCAGGACCUGCUGACCCAGCUCAGGCUGGGCAAGAAGACUGCGAGGGCCAGCCCUGGGGACCGGCUCCACCUCCGCCUCCACUGUUACCUGAAGCGCCUGGCGUCUGAGUUCCAGACGGAGAAGCUCCUGGCCAUGAAGCUCCAGGUGACCUCCCUGAGCUGGGCUGGCCUGGGCCAGGAGCUCUGGGAAGAGACCCAGGAGCGACACCAGGAGACCCAGGGCUUGCUGAGGAAGGCACUGGCCUACUGCCCAUGCCCAGAGGUCACUGCUGCCCACCCAGCACACACAGAUCGAAGCGGGACAGCAGCUAAGGGCCAGGGUCUGCCUAGAGAGGUGGCCUCCAAAUGGGACAGGUCCCUACAGGACUGUCUGGCUGCAGAUGUGUCAAGAUCCCACUGGUCUCCCCAUGUCUCCCAAGGGGAGCAGAGCAGAAACCUGUGGGCAGGCCUACCACCCCAGGAAACCGGCCAGACUGUGGACACCGAGGAAGGCCGAGGUGCCCCCAAGCUGCCCGAGCCCACCCUGGAGCGGCUCCUCGCCUCUCUCUUUUCCUGGCAUCACCUUCCCAGACAGAGCAAGGCCUCUCACCCAACUGGAGGCAGCUUUUCCUCUGAGGGCACAGACUCACAGACAUCCCUGGAGGACUCACCCCACACAAGCCCCCCUGCAUCCCUCUAACUGGAUCUGAACCAUCACGUUAGCUCUGGGGCCUGGGAUAGGACCAACGGGAGGGGUCUGCUGAGCCCAUACCACCCUAUCAGACAUGGCCAUGGAGCGAUGUCAGGAGGACCACCUUCUGGCUCCAGAAAACCCCAAGGUGAUGGAUUGUUACCCACACAGAAUAGUGUCUGUGGGAGUUAGAACCCAGAGUCAAUGAAAGCACAUUGGGCCGUGACUGCAGGGUCUCCUAUGGCAAGGCCGGCUGGGGCCACCUUUGCAAAGUCUUACCCAGACUGCCACUUGGGGCAUGGGUAACAAAGUAGUGGGAGGGGCCUCUUGCCUUGAGCCCCAGGGUAACAGACCCUGAGACUUUGCAUUUGGCGGUGACCCCAGGAGCCUCUGGGAAGAGGGUGGGAAGCAGGG